UUUUUGCGCGGGAAGUGUGGUCUACAAAACUCCACUUUGUCCUCGGCGAGCCACUACUUCCAUCUCCUCCCGCGCUGCGAACAGACCUCCGGCGCCAUGUGGAUCAAGGUGUUAACCCUCCUGGGUGGAGCAUGUCUGGUGGUACUUGCGGCGGAGGAGGCGGCCAAGGAGCCGGCCGACGAGGCCUCUCCCGUAGAAGGGACAGAGGAGGACCAGCGAGACAAGAGGACGCUGCCGCACUAUUUCCUGAACGGCUGGAACGCCAUGGCGUGGAGAGAAGGCUCGAGCGCCCCCUUCUUCCGCCAGCUCAUCCAUCGCCCGGGUCUUCCUCCUCUCCAGUACUACGGGCGGCCCCGCAACCACGCCCUGCUCUCUCCGGAGUCGUUUGACUUCUUCUACGCGCACCCUUACUUCUACGACACGGACAGCCCAAGCUUCCCCGUCACUCGAGCUCAAAUGCAAUCUUACUGCUCAGUUAACUUCGGUCCCGGACUGAGCACAGGCGCCCCGAGCUUCGGUCAGGCUGGGCAAGGGUCAGCAGCAGGGUUCCCCCCCGGUCUUGCUCCCGGUCCCGGAUUCGCGGGGGCCUCCGCGGGCUCACCGGGUUCCAGCUUCCCCUCUGACGAUAAGGGCCAGUCCGCGUUCCCGACCGGCAGCGGCAGCGGCUUGGACUCCAGCGCCGGCCCGUCCUUCCUCAGCCCGACCUUCCAACGGCCGGACUCGCUCGGUGGUCAGGCCGGCUUCCCGGGUGACGGUUCCGGCUUCAAUGUGCCGCCGAGCUUCGGCUCUGGGCGUCCUGGGUCCAGUCCCUUUGGCUCAGGCGGUUCUCCUAAUUUUGGGUCACCUGGGUCCUCUGGCUCUCCUGGCUUCGGUUCACCUGGGUCACCAGGAUCUGGCUUUGGUUCCCCAGGGUCCCCCGGUUCAAGCUUUGGCUCACCCGGGUCCCCCGAUUCUAGCUUCGGCUCUGCUGGGUCUCCCGGUUCUAGCUUUGGUUCAUCUGGGUCUCCCAGUUCUAGCUUUGGUUCAUCUGGGUCUCCCGGUUCUAGCUUUGGUUCAUCUGGGUCUCCCGGUUCUAGCUUUGGUUCAUCUGGGUCCCCCGGUUCUAGCUUCGGCUCAGCUGGAUCUUCAGGGUCUUCUAGCUUCGGCUCAGCUGGGUCCCCCGGUUCUAGCUUUGACUCACCAGGCUCUUCAGGUUCUAGCUUCGGCUCAAAUGGGUAUCCAGGUUCUAGCUUCGGUUCAACUGGAUCUUCAGGUUCUUCUAGCUUCGGUUCAUCCGGUUCACCUGGAUCUUCUGGCUUUGAGUCAUCUGGGUCAUCUAGUUUUGGAUCGUCCGGGUCAUCAGGUUUGGGAUCAUCAGGAUCGUCCGGCUUCGGGUCCAGUGGAUCGCCAGGAUUGUCAAGCUUCGACUCCUUCAGCUUCGGUUCCUCGAGCACGAGCUCUGCCUCCAGCGGGAUCUCGAGCAGCGCCGGCGGUUUUUCAGCGGGAAUUUCUUCGGAUUUUGGGAACAACAUUAACGGGAGAGGCACCGGUGCGUUGGUCAAGAAAUCUACAAAGGAAGGAGCGACCUCGGCUGUGACCUCGGAUAAAGACGCUUCCAAGACCUCGUAGUUCACCCGUUUAAUAACUGAUGGCUUAGUGCCUCGUCUCUAUUCUUCUGUUUAAGAUGCAUAUGCAGAUUCCUUGUGACUGGGGAUUCUGUUCUUUUAGAGACUUGUAAUUUGCAAAACUAUAUAUCUGUGAUCUUAAUAGGGAGUUAGAUACUAAACAGGAUUUAUAAGGGUCUUGUUUUUUUUAUCUCGACUCCCACUAUGUAUAUCGUUAAUGAUACUCUUUUAAAUAAACCUUAUCUCGAACAAGGCUCGCAACCUACCUAUGUAUGUAUAGUGA